AGUUGCUAAAAAUACGUUGAGUAACUGACAAGAAGAAUGACUUUGUGUGUGCCAUCUUUAGAUUAACUUAGAUUAAUAGAUUUAUGUAAAUACCACAUCAGAUUGUGUGCAUAAAAUUUCUGCUUUUGGAUUCUAUUGAAUAUAAAUUUAUACGAGCAUUUAAAAUCAAUUAUAUGAUAAAAAUUGUAGAUGUAAUGUAUUACAUACACGCGGUGCUUUAACCUAGCUUUACAUAGAUCAAGCAAGUUCAAGUAAAGCUAGAUUACUCUUAUAUAUGUAUAUGUGCACAUGUGAUAGAGUGACAGCUAAAUGUUGACAUGUGUAAAACAUUAAAAAAUAAUCAAAUAAAUUCUAAAUAAUAUUAUGUAAAGUGAAAAUAAUAUUUAUCAUAACAAUAGAAUAUGAAGAGUGGAGAAUUAAAUCUCCUACUUUGUUUAACCUUCAAUUCCGUCUGAUCAACGAAGUUGUAAUUGCAUUUCCGCGUAUUUAAAGUAUGAUUUUGUGUACAAUCUACGAGAAUCAUGUCGGAUGCAUUUGAGGAGAUACAAGCGAUCAAAAUAAAGAGGAACAGCUAUCGCGAGAAGCUGCAGAAGAGGAAACGCGAACGGCAUGAAUUGUAUACGCUCACUUCGACGCCAGUUCCAUCCACUUUGACAACGGAAUCGGCGUGUCCUGAUUCCAAUGCAUCUUCACGCUCUGAUCAUAGCGAGUAUGAAAGAGAUGUGCUUUGCAUCUUACAUGAAUCCUUGCCUAAUCUACCGAUCACGUCCGCAGACUUGAUAGAUCAGCUACGUAAAAACCUCAAUGCUGAUGUAUCUUCUUCUGACAUUCAUAAGCUUCUUGAGAAACUGGCUACACAAGAUAUAGUCAAGAUCAAAGAAGUCACAGAGAAUGGAGUGUUGGGCUACACUGUAUUAUCUGUAACAGAGUCCCACUCGUCGUGUCAAUCCCAAUCUGACGACACGGAGAAUCCCGAAAGCAUAGAAACAUGCGCGUCCGAGCCAAACGAUCAUGUACCUGCGGAAAAGCAAGCGAAGAUGGAAAAGAAAAAUACCGAAGACAUCAUGUCCUUGAUCUCGAUGCCGACUAUCAGAGAGAAGGAGAGCAAAAAGGUCGGCGAACAGAUCUUGGACCUGUUGUCGAAGCAGACUUCCAAGGAGAAAUCGUUGGCUGAACGAUUCCGUUCUCAGGGAGGUGCUCAAGUUAUGGAGUUCUGUCCUCAUGGUACAAGAGUUGAUUGUGUGAAAUUAAACGGCGGUCCGGGAUUCGCAGAGAAGUGCAAGAAGCUGCACUUUAAAAAGAUUAUACAGAGCCACACAGACGAAUCCUUGGGCGAUUGUAGUUUUCUAAAUACCUGCUUUCAUAUGGACACAUGCAAAUAUGUUCACUAUGAGGUGGAUGGUCCCACAGCUCAACCGAAGGAAAUCAAUGACUCUGAUAGUUUAAACAAUAGCACACCCAACAAGACCUUGAACUUGGAUAACAAGAACAAUGGUGGUACGAGCAGCAAUGCAGGCAGCGAAUUGACUUUGUAUCCACCACAAUGGAUUCAAUGUGACUUGCGUUACCUAGAUAUGACAGUUCUUGGCAAAUUCGCUGUAAUUAUGGCCGAUCCGCCUUGGGAUAUUCAUAUGGAAUUACCUUACGGCACUAUGUCAGAUGACGAGAUGAGACAAUUGGGAAUUCCGGCGCUUCAGGAUGAAGGACUCUUAUUCUUAUGGGUAACUGGCAGAGCCAUGGAACUAGGAAGGGAAUGUCUGCAGUUAUGGGGCUAUGAGAGAGUUGAUGAGAUCAUCUGGGUAAAGACUAAUCAGCUGCAGAGAAUAAUACGAACCGGUAGAACAGGUCAUUGGUUGAACCAUGGCAAGGAGCAUUGUCUGGUUGGAAUGAAGGGCAAUCCUCGUAUCAAUCGAGGAUUAGACAGCGACGUGAUUGUCGCCGAGGUUCGCGCCACUAGCCACAAACCCGACGAGAUUUACGGUAUCAUCGAGCGUAUGAGUCCUGGCACAAGAAAGAUCGAAUUGUUCGGUCGGCCACACAAUGUACAACCAAACUGGAUUACUCUAGGCAAUCAAGUUGACGGUGUUCAUUUAAUCGAUCCACAACUCAUUAAAGCCUUUAAGAAACGUUAUCCCGAUGGAAAUUCGAUGAAGCCCGCUAAACCGUAAACUUAUCUUUUUUUAUUUUUACAACGUAGUAUUUUAAUAAGUAUAACAUUUGUACAAUAAUGCAUGAAUUAAACACACUUUAGAUUUUAUUAGAAUUUAUUGCAAAAUAUGUAUAUAAAUUCCAUUUAUCAUUUAGAAAUAAGUGCUAAUACAAAAUGAACGCAUAAUUAUAAAUGUAGAAAAACCGACUUAAUCUCGUAUAUUUUUCAGUCGAUGACGUUUGUAUAUAUGUAUGUAAGCUAUGCUUUAUCUAGCAUGUAUGUCUACACACAUGUGUUAAAGUUGCUCUUUUUUAAUGAAAUUAAUUAUUCAAAAGAAAAAAAUCGAAAGAAAAAUAUCAACGUAGAUUAAAUUUCUGGAAAACUAGAAUAAAAAAAAUUCUCUAUGA